AUGUCCGCCAUAGAACAGGCUAACUUUCGCCUACAAGCAGGUUCCGAGUUAGUGGUUGUAGUGCCCUACAGCACCGAGCGUUGUUCCGCUACCUUAAAAGUGGUGUCUGGGGCCGGUGGCUUGGAGCCGCGGGUGGAUGUGCUUGGCGCCCCAGUUAUUGUAGAUGUAUCGUACAAUCUUCCUCCUGGAAUCACCUUUACAGUCUUUACAUGGAGCAACGCUAACAUUCGAAUUGAAGGAUCAAAACAACUCGUUCAGAACUGUUUUCGCUCAACAACCCAUCCAUUUGCCCGUUCCAUUGUUGAGUACCACUGCUUAAUUCAUAACGCUCGUCUACUUGCUGACAAACAGGGUUUGUUUGGACCGAUGGUCCUUAUAUGCGGGCAAAAUGACACUGAGAAGCAUGCAAUAUCUAGGACUCUUAGCAGCUAUGCCGCAAGAACAGGAUGGGCCCCUCAAUUUGUUGAUCUUGAUUGUGGGAUGGGUCAGUUAUUAAGCACUCCGGGAACUGUUGCAGCAUGUGUAAGUGAGUGUCCGAUGACAUUAGACGAGGAUACCAGCACUGGUCCCCUUUCGGUUGCUUUUUUCGUAGGCUCGACCGAACCGCAGGUAAAAGGUGUUUCUGGGGAGUGGAACAUGUUUGCCCCUUAUGUUCAUUAUUGCCGUUUGCUACUAUCAUGUGUAAGUGAGCGAAUAGCAAGACACAAGGGCGGGGCUGGAGGAUCUAGUGGUGCAAUCAUCGUGCUGCCUGAACUGAGAGGGAGCAAUGGACUGCUUUUCGUCGUGGAUAUCAUUCGUCAGUUCAACAUUUCGCAUAUUCUAUGCGUGGGUGACGAUUUCCUCUUUUGUGGACUCCACGAGAGGAUACCGAGGUUGCGUGAACAUAUGGCUUCGCGUGUUGGUGGGGAUAUUCGUCUUGAUAAACUAUCGGGAUCGCCUCACUUUCCUUCGCCAGACACUCGAACCGAACGUCUUUCCUCCAUAAUGGAAAGAUAUUUUUUUGGUGGUGGUGCAGUCGAUCUCCAACCUUCAGAAAUUAAUAGGCGGUAUGCAAGCAUUGAGAUACUUCUCUUAAAGGAAGCUAACGGACAGGCGGUAGUUUCCCCAGUAGAGCAGGAUGCACUAGAGGGAGUUGUUGGGUGCGUGGGGUCCUUGUUUGAGUCAUCCGCCAUUCAUGAGAAAGGUGCUCUUUCUCUUGCCCCAUUUGCUCUCGCGAGGGUGCAGGGGAUCGACGCCAAUGGAGUCAGCCUUCUUGUGAGCACGCACUCGGCAAUUCCAGAGAGGCUAACCAUGAUCGUGGGAGCUUUCCGGUGGGUAACAAGUUAA